AUGUCCGAUUUCAAACUGCCAAGAAAUACCGAAUUUUAUUCAGUAACUAUCACAACAAUCGCCCUACAUUUGCUCAACCUUUUUGGAUCUGCCUAUAUAUUUUAUAGAACGUUUCGAUAUUGGCGAGAAAGAGAGUAUAAAUCCUUGGCAAUGUCACAUCGAUUGCCAUUAUAUGCCGCGUCAACAGAUUUUUUGACGGCAGGGUUGAGUAUUAUUAACGGGGCCUAUACACUUUGUAAUUCGAAAACACUGCCAGAAAUACCAUGUGCAGCCACUGGGUGGGCUACAGCGAUUUUGAGUUUUAUAAAUCAAUUUAUCUUUCUUGGAAUCUCUAUUAUAACUUAUUUAAGAGUGUGUCAACACAAACCAAUAGAGCUUGGUCGAUUCGACUAUAAACUUUUUACAUUCAGUUGUCUCUUAACUGGAAUUGCACUUGCGAUUGUUUCUCGAGAUGGAUAUGGUGCUCAAAAAUAUUGGUGUGCAAACAAAGUCAAAGCACGAGCAUCAUUAAUCACACCAAUAGUUGAAAUCAUCUCCGUCACAGUGAUUUCGUUAGCUUGCUACGCGGCAACUUUGCGAGCACUCGUACGCAAUCGUCGAGAAUUGAAAAAAGGCACAGUCUUUGCUUCUCAAUAUCACACGAUAGACCGGAUUGAGGAAAGAGUAACGAGAAAGAUCAUAACUUAUGUUCUUUUCUUUAACCUUCAAUGGCUUCCUAUUGCUGUGUAUGCUGGUGCUGCUUUAACCGAGGCCGCAACAGAAACCUGGGUUUAUUAUGUAGGAGUCAUUGGCUUAAGUUUCGGUGGAAUUGGAAAUGCAAUAGCAUAUGUAAUGAAUGAAGGUUGGCUACCAAAUUAUAAUACCUCAUCACCACCUUUAAAUAGUCAUCAACAUGCCAGUAAGGAUAAUGAAUUCUCCCAUACCAAUACCACAAUUAAAGUCGAUAUUGUUAAGGUCGAAUCUUCCAAUAAGUCACAAAACCAAGCGAACAUUUGA